UCGCAUUACCCAACGAGAGUAUCACAAAGAGCGGAACGCCGAUGAAGAAUCGUCGAAGGAGGAUUUGGUCAAUAUUUACGCUGGACGACCUGGAGUGAAUGUGUUCAAUGUGACUGCCGGCAUCAUGGAUAAAAAGCAGUCACCCGGACACCUUUUAUGAAUGUUGGUUACGUGUGCGGUUAAUGCUAUAUGAAGCUUUGCGCGUGCACUGAAAUAACCCAUCCAUCAGAAAUAGCAGUCAAAGCCUGAACACUGUAGGCCUACCUUUACAUAAAAGAGAAUUCAGUGCUAGUGGACCAGUGGUAUGGGGUGGCAUCAACGAAGGCAGGUCUUGCUACUACACAGAUGAUCUGUUAACACUAACUUGGCUAUCGACUGAACCAAAAGGAGAAAUUACAACAGUCCAUGUCUAAUCCUAGUUCGUCGAUUAUAGAGUAGAACGAAACUGCGAUUGCAUUGGGACACGAACACCACUAUGGAAUACUCAGAAGACGGCGAGGCGACAGUGAAACCAAGUCGAGGACUUCCGGAACAAACGAACCUCAGUGACGAGGGAGCGCAGUCGGCGGCAGCCGAGGAUGGGGAUGUGCCCAACAAAUGGAGGCGGAAGAACACCAUUUGGCGUAUGGAGCGGAAGAGCGAGCACCUCUUCCACCAGUUUGUGGAGAACACCACCCUCCACGGCGUCAAGUAUGUGACCAACCCCGUCCACAGCAAAAAACGACGAGCUAUUUGGAUGGCGUUAUUUAUGACGAUGGUCGUGAUCGUCUCAUGCGCGAUCGUUUCUCACUUCAACGAGUACUUUGCAUACGCCACCAAGACAGUCAUCAGCUACACGACACCCAACCAAACCGCCUUCCCGAGCGUUGUGCUGUGCAAUUGUAACAGGUUCCGGGUAUCCGCCCUCAACGGCAGCCAGUGGGAAGAGCUACUGCCGAUGGUGGUCAACAAGGGCGACGAUCGCAGCGAGCAGAUCGAGAAGCUUCGAUCGGGCGAGUUCCCGCUCAACGUGAGCGACGAGGAAGAGCGGCGGAUUAAGGGCGCCAACUACCGCAAACUGGGCUUGGCGUUGUCGCACGAGUUCGAGGACAUGCUAUUGGACUGCCGGUGGGCCGGGAGGCAGCGCUGCUCCGCGGCCAACUUCAGCCAGGUGUGGACCGACUUCGGGGUGUGCUACGUGUUCAACGCAGAGGAUGGCCCGGGGGACGGGGAAGAAGGCUUAAUGGCGGACAACACUGGAUUGGACGGCGGGCUGUGGCUACGCCUGAACGUCGAGCAAUCAGAACACACUUCCACAAACACACACGGAAGCUGUUUCAUGGUUGCGAUCCAGCCUCGUGGAGAGAUUUCUUUCGUGCGCGAGGUAGGACGGACGGUUCGCUCAGGCUAUCACUCAGUUAUUGGCCUGAAGAAACACGGGAGAACGAGCCUGGAAUCUCCGUACGACACAAACUGCCGUAAAGACGGCCUGAAAUAUUUUAACAAUUACUCCAUUGGUGCGUGUCGUAUGGAGUGCCUAACGGACAUGGCUAUGGAGAAAUGUGGAUGCAUAGCACCUUUCAUGCCAGAGUCUUCCGGCUUUCCAUACUGUGAUCUUGUGACGUUGAUCACAUGCGCCACUCAUGAAGUAGGUUUACCGUAUUGCCCUUGCAGCACGCCGUGCAGUGAGGUCUUGUAUGACGAACGAGUAAGCUAUUCUCAGGCACCAUCCAUAAGCGUCAAGGAUGAAGUGCAACAAAUGUUUAACUGGUCGAGAGAGCAAGUGUUAGAGAACAUCCUGGAAGUAUCGAUUUUCUUCGAGGACCUUCGGGAGAAGUGGACAAAACAAGAAGUUGCCUAUGGUCUUACAGCUCUUAUGAGUUCGAUAGGAGGAGAGUUGGGACUCUGCCUUGGCGGUAGUAUCAUCACCGUCUUCGAGUUCGCCGACUUCCUCCUGACCAGAGAAGCUCUUCACUGGCGACUGUUCACGAAGAAACUCAGCCGCUUCAGCCAACGAAAGCAACGAAAUCAUCCAGUUUGAUGCCAUUUCACAACUCA